AUGGCUUCCUCCAUCGCCUACCGCCCCCGACUGGUGACCGCCGUAGGUACCCUCGCCGCCGCCGGUCUCGCCGUCGGCAUCGCCUCCAAGCUCCUCGUCAAGGAGGCCCAUGCCGACUCCCCAACGACGCGGCUCAAGGUCUUCGGUGCCGGGCCCGCCUUCUUCUCCCUGCCGCUGGAGAGCGGCGAGAUGGUGAAUCACAACACGAGGAGGCUGCGCUUUCGAUUCGCCGACAAGGAUGCCGUCAGCGGACUGCCGCUCACCUCCUCUGUUUUGACCUUUUCCUGGCCCAAGGGGCGGUCGCUGCCCGUCGUGCGGCCGUACACGCCCGUCACGAGCUCAGAUGAGCCUGGAUACCUCGAGUUCCUCGUCAAACGCUACCCCGACGGCAAAUCCAGCACCCACCUCCACUCCCUCGAGCCUGGGGAGUCGCUCUUCUUCCUCGCCUCCCUCAAGGGCUUCCAGUGGACCGCCAACGCCUUCCGUCACGUCACCCUCGUCGCCGGCGGCGCCGGUAUUACCCCCAUCUUUCAGCUCGCCCAAGGCAUCCUGCGAAACCCGGCGGACAAGACGGCGAUAACGCUCGUCAUGGGCGUCAACUCGGAUCAGGACAUCCUCCUCAAGAAGGAGUUUGAGGAUCUCGAGCGCCGCUUUCCCGGUCGGUUCCAUGCCGUCUACACCGUGAGCCACCCGGUGCCAGGCUCGCCCUACAAGAAAGGCUACGUGACCAAGGAGCUUCUGCAGGAGGUGGCAGUCCCGCGCACCGCCCAAGGGGAGGCCACCAAAGUCUUUGUGUGCGGCCCACCGGCCAUGGAGAAGAGCCUUGUCGGUGACCGGGCCACCAAGGGAGUCUUGCAGGAGCUCGGUUACCGGAAGGACCAGAUUUACAAGUUUUGA